AUGGAAAUAUAUGAGAAUGAGAUUAUUGUGUGUGACAUGAAUUUGGACGUCAAUUGCAGUGACAAAAGUGCCGACAACUUGACAUAUUUGGACGGCAAUGAGUCCAUCUAUUUUGGACGUCCAUCUGAAAUGUUGGAGCCGUGGAAUAUCAAUCCGUACUUCUUUCCAAUUUUGAUCACUUAUAUCAUUACAUUUAUUGUCGGCGUCUCUGGAAAUAUCAUUGUCAUCAGUGUUAUGGCUGGAGAUCGGGCCAAUCGGUCAGUGACCUCAAUAUUUUUGGUAAGUCUAGCGGUCGCUGAUUUGCUUCUAUUGGUUAUAUGUGCGCCUCUGGAUGUGGCACAUUAUUUUGUCAUUCAAUGGGACCGGGAGGGCACCAUUUGCAAGUUAGCCGCAUAUGCUGAAUGUGUGUCCGCCUUUGCUUCGGUACUCAAUUUAGUUGCCGUUAGUUUUGAAAGAUAUGUUGUAAUUGUAUUCCCGAUCCGUUCGCGUUCAUUGUGCACAAUGUCUAACUGUAAGAAAAUUAUGGUAAUUGUAUGGAUGCUAUCAUUACUGUUGGCCACUCCAGUCAUAUUCACUAAGAAUACAGUGAAGACAACGUUUGCCAAUAACCAGACAUCAGUGACAUUGUAUUCUUGUAAAGAAUUAUACGACUGGAAGGGUUUCUCAGUCAAUAUCUAUCGAUUUGUUACUCUCUUUGCUUUGCCAUCAGUUGUAAUGAUUGUAUGUUAUCUAUGGGUUAUCAUUGAAUUAUGGAUUUCCACCAAAACCAUGGAUGAGUUAACACAUAAUCGUACUGUAGGACAACAAAGCUGUCAAUCAUUAGAAAUUACAAGAAGUGAGUCGAGAGCGAGUAUAAGUCAUGAACAGAUCACUCCUAUAUAUCAGUCGCCCACCAGAUAUAUAUUGAGAAGUCAUACCAAUGAUAAUAGAGAUGUUAAGAGAGCCCGACAACAGGUGAUCAAAAUGUUGAUUUUAGUGGUACUCUUAUUCCUGAUAUGUUGGGGACCACGACUAGUGAUGGAGAUUAUUAUCAAAUGUUGUCUCUCUCUUAUGAUGUUUAAUAACCUGACAUAUAUGUUGCGAAUAAUUUUUUAUUUGUCACCAUUUGUUCACUCAUGUCUUAAUCCUAUUGUAUACGGCUUUAUGUCGACUAAGUUUCGGCGCCGAAUGUUUCGAGUGUUUGACCGAAUUUGCUUUAAAGUUUGCCGAAAAAGCCGGACAUCGGCUCAACAUAAAAACAAACGUAUGUCGACCUCAAUGUCUAAUUCAAAUUCAAUGGUUCGCAACUCAAGAAUCACAUCAACGUAUACUUUCUCUUCAUUUGGUACUUCACUCUCUUCACCACAAAAUAACUUCUUAAGUGUCAGUCAGACAUCACUUCAUAUAUAG